AUGCGCACAGUUGCAGCUAAUUGGGAGAUCACAGUAUAUUUAAAUAUUUCAAUUUAUUAUACACACUAUCUAAAAAUUAAAAGUUUACAAGAGGAAACGUCAUCACUUUGUGAUGAAACUGCUAAAAGUUUUGAAAAUAAUUUUAAUUUUUUUUGUUUUAAAAAAGAAUUCCAUACAAAUGACAUUUGUUUAGAUUUUAAGGCAGCCUCAGAAAAAAUUUUAAAUGAAUUUGAAUCGGAUACUUAUAAUAUCUUUAAAUUAAUUGAAGGACAAAAUAAUUUAAGAAAUAAACGACAGUUAUCCAAAAAUUUAGGGGAUAUAAUCUAUACGCUGUUUGGGACAAUUAGCUUAAAUGAUAUUACCAAAUGGUACUCAAAUAUAAAAAAUAUGAUAAAAAACGGUAGAAAUUCUCAAAACAUAGUAGAAAAUAAAAUGAUGAUCACUCCUGCGAGUACGAACGAAGCGAUAUUGCUUGAUAAAAAAACAGUAGAAGCAACAACAGAAGUUUCAAAUAAUAUUAAAAAAAUUCGACAUUAUAUUACUUCCGACAGGGAUAACUUUAACGAUGAUAAUAUGGAAAAAAUAAUUAAAAACCAAAUUUUAAAUUUAGAAACAAUUUACAAACAAUACUCUUUGGAAUUAACGAGAAUAAAUCAAAUCUUACAUUUUGCUAUACAGGGAAAACUACAUCCAUUAGUAAUAUCCUCAGCUCAAUUAUUAGAAGAAAUUAAAACAAUUAAAUUAAACCUUCCAUCUAAUUUAGACAUCCCGGUAAAACUAGACCUAUCGGAUAUGUCAGAGAUUUUUAAAAUUAUGCAAACAACUAUUGUUAGAAAUAAUGAUAUAAUUAUGUUUAUUAAUACUGUACCAAUUGUUUCUAGUACUUUAUACAAUUUAUAUAAUAUUAUACCGAAUCCAAUGUUAAUAGAAAACAAUAUUUAUAUGUUCAUUAAACCUAGAAUUAAGUAUUUAGCUUUGACUAUCGAUCAAGAGUAUUAUGUAAAUUUAGAUCAAAACGAAUUUAGUAUGUGCUACGACACAAAACAUUUUAAAGUAUGUAAAAAUCUUGUAACUCAGAGGGUGACAACAUCAGAUGAUUGCGAACUCAAUUUAAUUAUUAACACAAAAUCAGCAAAUAUUGAAAAUGUUUGUAAGUUUAAAUACACGUCAAUCAAACACGGUAUUUUCCAUAAGUUAAUGUCGGCAAAUUCAUGGUUAUACACAGUAAAUCAACAAAAUUGA